GGUUAUGCUCUUUUAUUCCCUGGUCCAGAGAAGCCCAACCCAGUGGGCGCAGCCACCACUGGGGGCAUCAUCGGAGGCCUCAUAGCCACCAUCGUGGCCUUGGCGGUGGUGGUCACCGGAAUCCUGAUCUGUCGGCAGCAGCAAAAGAACCGGAUGGGUCCUGAGGAGGACGAUUUGGAAGGACCCCCAGCGUACAAGCCGCCCCCUCCUUGCCAACUGUCAGAAGAAACGGAGCUGGUUGCUAACGCCACUGGGGCUGAAUGUAUCCCGUUCAAAGCCCCCUACUACGAACCCAACGUCGCGGACAAUCUCUUUGGAGGCACCGGCCCCACCGCGAAAGAGGAGGUGCCGCGUUACCACGAGCUGCCCACGCUGGAGGAACGAGAGGCAGCAGGCGAGGCCGGCCCCAGUCUGGAAGAUGAAUAUUUAGACCAGAUCAACCCCAUCUAUGACGCCCUCUCCUUUGCGGCCACGGACGACGAGGAGGCGUUAACAUCCCUGCCCACGGAUAAGGCCUUCGUGAUGUCCAGAGCCAUGUACGUCUAAAUCUACCGGAUAAUCUCAACAGCCACAGUCCAAAAAAAAAAAAAAAAGGGAUGCUGCUAAAAAGAUAUCCUGUGUUGGUCCUGGAGAGAAGCCAUUUCUUUCUCCAUCUUAGGUACCCGGCUCCAUCUCCUGGACCUUCCAGCUUUCACACACGCUUUAGGUGGGCAAGAAUCUUAUCUUGCUCAGAAAGGAUUCACUACUUUUAUGCCUUCCACUUCAAUCCAGCCAGAACCAGUAUUUCUUCCAGCCUUCCAGUAGUUUUGACAAAUCUGUCCUCUUGACUUCGUAGACUUUCCAUUCCAGAUCUUUCCUCCGAGGGUUCCUGGAUCGAGAUCUAGUAGAACUUCCAACCGACCUGUGCUGCUUCUGAACCCCCCAGCCAUCCGGGGGGGAUGUAGUUGAAUGCUUGUGAAUCUGUUUACAGUAAGGUCGAAGCUCUCUUGAUACCCGGACGUACUGUGGGGCUUCUCACUCUGUAAGUGCCUUGCACCUUCACCUCAAUUGGGGAGGGGUGGGGUGUCUCCCAUUUCCCCAGAUUUUAUCCACUACCACGAGGCUCCAGUCAAUCUUGUUAAAAGAUUCACAGGAGUCAGCCUCAACUAAUUCUGGACUCUGAAUGCUCUGAAUUGCAGGGUUGAGCAAAGCAUGUUUAAAAACUGCAGUGACGGGCAUCAUGGGGUUUAUUUUUUGCCCCCAAUCUGUAUAAAAUAUGACUCAAUUAAGCCUAAUUCUUGAACCCUUCAAAAAAACUUUUUUAAAAAAAGUCAUAUGCAGAAAGCCUAUACCUGAGACCAGGUAUAAAGAUUGGGCCUUUCCAUGCAUGGAGAAUUUCCAAAAAAGGGAAACAGAUGCAUUGAGGGAAUUCUGAAAUGAAUCAUGCAGAAAUAGUUUUAUAAAACUGCUUAUUAAUCCUGCCCCUAAUUCCACUGCAUUGUAUGGAGAUAUUCUGUUUGGAGUAGGCUAAAAGCACAAUUAAACUCUGCUAGGGAAAGGCUUAUCCUAAAGAUGCAGCUUUGGAAAAAAAAUUCCUUGGAGGCACCAGCAUAUACACUCCCCAAAUCGUUGGGAAUUAACCAGAUAGUAAGGUUUCCUGUGUAUUGCACAAAAGUGGCCCAAAAAAUUGGUACACAGGCACUGAGUCUGAUCUGGAUUCUCCCUCACUGUGGUUCCCAAUCCAGAGGGAGAACCUUUCAAAUUUCUAAAUGGAGAGCUUGCUCCAUUUAGGAAAAUUGGUGUGCCAAACUGUUCCUAUUUUUUUU